AUGAAAGUAGCUUUGGCGACUCGAUUCGAUUUUGCCAGAAGUUUAAAUAAAAGCAAACAGAUAAAAUGACUUUUAUAGCAAUGAUCAUGAAUUCUGCUGCGUGCAAAGAAGACCACCCCAAAACGGUUUUUCGAAACUGAGACAAUAAACAGCUCAUGUCUCACACUCCUUGAUACCGAUAUGCUCUUAUUGCGUAUCAAUUUCAACUUGUAAGAAAAGUUAACAGCGUCGAUAUCCGUUCAUCCGUUCUUGCGCUGAUCGUAAAAGUGUUUCAGUACUGCAAUCACUAUUAGCAUUGUUCAGUGUUCCUGGAUCAUUUACACUUACCAAGAAAGCAAUUGACCUUUUCGAAAUGAUCAACAACUGAAGAUAUCUAAGGAAUAAACUUACCCAAAAGAUGACAUAUUUUCCAACAAAUUACUGACGCGUAUUCACUUACGGUUCUUACGCAGUGAAAAGCGAGCCACGUGUGGUCAUUUUUCGCAAGGCCGAGAGACCCCGCGCGAGACACGGUCUGUAGUAAAAUAAUGUAUCCAAUCUCGAUGAAUUCCUGUCUUCGCAAAUGAAUAAUCCCGAUUCAAAAUGCGUUACAAACUAUAGGGAAUAUCGAUGAUCAGGAAAGAACUAAACAUCGCCUAGUAUCGUUUGAAGAAAAAAAAAGCGACUGUAAAGUGGCCUUUUGUAUUGCGAUCAAGUAAGCCUUUCAAACAUGUAAUCAGUUAAUGAAGACCAACUGCAGUGCCAAACAAAAGGUUCUUGUUUUUGUUCUUUUGUUACUCACUACCGCUGUUACUUAUUUAUUAUGUUAAUCCUUUUGGUCGAGAAUCUAAGGUUUAAUUCGUUUGAUUGGCAAUGCAAGGCUAAGGGAAACAGUGGGUAACUUUAGAUCUGGAGUCCCUGUUUUUCUUGUUGUUUUUAAUAGUCUGGGGCCAGGAAAAAGGUAAGAAAGGAAGUGAAACAGCGAAAAAAGAAUCGGCGUGCGAAGAGAGUCGAGCGGUGGACUGGAGAGGGGAUUUUUAAUUUGGCCUUUUCCCGCCUUAAUUUCCCGCCACUGGGGAGCCUGGAGCCCGUUUCUCGAAAGUCCCGAUAAUUAACGGUCCGGGUAAGCUGUCUCCGUUUACAUUAAAGAUCGAGGUUUCAAUAGUUUUGCAUCUAACAUGAUAAAACUGUCAGUUAAUGAAACAAAAUGGAGUAGUUUGCUAGCCAGGACCCGCGCUCUUAUUCUUUAUAUUUCGAUUUGAAUAUUUGAUUUCGGGCCCGUAAAGUUACCGGGACUUUCGAGAAACCGGCCCCUGUCCCAGGCUAGUGUUGCUUUUGUAAAGGAGCUACCGCUACCCUAUGUGCACAAGUAGGCAAGUGGGGUGGGGAGCGCGUGAUCCCACAGUAGCGCGAUCCGGCCGAUCCCCUUUCUCUUCCCUUUCGAAAGCCUGUCUCGCAAGCUAGAGGUAGGUUAGCCAGCGUGUCAGGCGUUCGUAACUGGAAUUAAAAAGAUCUAAAAAGAGAACCAAGAGCGCCUGAUUUCCACUUAAAACACCUGCCAUGCAAGGGAGAUGUACUUAGAAUGACUGAUGUACAUGUAAGGUCGAGAAGGUGAAGGUUACUAGACUAAACCGUAGACUAGCGAUUCAGAGUACCGUGUGUGACCGGCAAUUUUCGACAUUUCCGCUGUUUCCAACGAUCCGUGAAAAAAGAAGUGGCGAUAACUUACUGGUUUUUACAUCUCACAUGAAGAAAUUGCUACUACCGCUUAUGUUUGAAAUAUAAAUUCGCUUUUCUUCCCCUGCAAAAUGUCAAAAAAUUGAUCAUCUUCCCCCAAAAUGAAACUGACCCUCGAAAGAUUCUUCUAAGUCAACAAAAGCCUGAAAAGCGAAAUCAAAGGUCAUGCCCAAGUAAUGUGGAGAACGUACAGAACUCGUGACGAAGCAAACAAAGCCCCAGAUGUGCGUCGGACGUAACGUGGCUUUGUAUGCAUACUAAGGAGCGCGUCUACGGCCCUUCAAUCUCUGUUGAAUCACCGAAUAUAGCGUCAUCUGCUGUAAGAAGUGGAGACUUGAUGGCAGAUUUCAAUUAUUUCUUGCUCCAAAUAGCCAAUGAAAUAAGAAGCAUGGAAUUGGCCGACAUGAAGUUUCUAUGCCAGGGAGAUGACACUUUAGCCAGAGGAAAACUUGAGCGCGUCGAGACAGCAAGAGAGCUGUUAAAUUUUCUUAAAGAAAGCGGCAAAAUCGGACCGGGAAAAGUCAUGUAUUUGGUAACUCUACUGGAAAAAGUAAACCUCGUUCGGCUUGCUGAGAGAGCCAUGGAUGACGGUAAGAAGAGUAUAUUCACUGUGUUUUUUUAUCAUUCGUUGCGCGGGGUGAAGUGGUUAUGAAAUUAUUCGGAUAAGGAGUUCGUUUAUGUUAGCUUAUGCUGUAAUCCUUGUUCUAACCUAACCGUUUCCUGUGGUUACGGUUAGAAUACUUGGUCUCUUCAUGUUCAAUUCAAAGACUGAUUCCAUAGUGUCGAACUCUGAGAGCGCCAGCAUCAAUAAACGCAUCGAAGCGGAAAUAAAAGCGAAACUGAAUACAUAAUUGCAUAUUCUUCUUUCUUCGCGGGCACCCGUCUGGCGGCAGUCGGGAGGACCAGUUUUUCGAGAAUGGAACUCACUGAGGCAUCGAAGCGCAAAUAAAAGACACGCAUCGAAAUAAAAGACACGCAUCGAAGCGGAAGUAAAAGCGAAAUUGUUUAAUACAUAAUUGCAUAUUCUCCUUUCUUCGCGGGCACCCGUCUGGAGGCAGUCGGUGCAACCAAUUUUUCGAGUACGGAACUCACUGAGGACUAAAAACGGGCCUCUGGGACUGCAGAAGCGGUCGUUUUAAAACCCUUUAGCAAGAGCUCAUUUUCUCUUGCCUUUAGUAAUUAAUUUUCGGAUGGAAGACCGUGGGACUACAGAUUAAGUCGCUUCACUUUAACUCACAUUGCUUCUUCGACCAGACGACUGUGGAACUCAUCAGUUCAUUUGACACUUCCUCAAGAACACCUGAAAUAUAUCAGGAAUAAACGUCUGAACUUUUAAGGUUUGUUUUCCCAACACAAACAUCUAAAGCAUGAGACAUAUAUCUCUCGAGGACUGUUCUUUUUUAAUUUUCUCUUAUUCGUGUGCAUUUUACACACAAUUUAUGACAAGACGAAGGGCAAAUUUCUUUUAGGAUCAGUGACCUACAAUGGGAAAACAAAAUGGUCCAUUAUAGGUUCAUACAGCUUCUUUUUCUCACGCCCCAUUGACGUUUUCCCCCGCGUUUUCCAUGCAACUGUUCAUUCUUUAUAAAAGUAGAAGGAAAGUAAACGUGUAAACAGGGACAUGAGUACCGCGGAACCAAUGGAGAACUUGACACAUCACUGAAUAUCGCUCCAACAAGCUAACGUAUCCUGCUUCUGCUACGGUGCGAACGACUUCGUAACCGCUACAACUCCAUACCAAAAGGAAAAUUCCGCUAGCAGGGUAAACUGGCUACGUAUUCGAACAUUCCUUUAUUUCUUAGCCCUGAAUAUUUUCUUGUAAAUACGUCUGGGUCGUCGCGGUAAUUUUAUAUCUCUUUAAUUGAUGUUUCCGGGAAGAGCAUCUACUCUCGUCCUGUUUCCGGACAAUCUUUGGAUACGUUUUUCAACAUGCGUGUUGAUCUCAGAACAAGAGACCUGAAAUUCUAAACAACAUACUGCAAUAAUAAUAAUAAUAAUAAUAAUAAUAAUAAUAAUAAUUGUUUUGUGCUGCCUGACCCUGCCUAAAUGCCAGGGCUGAAAACGGGUAUGGAUUUUAGAGGUCUAUUCUGAAAACGGGUGUGGAAAAUGACAUCUUUUGGUCUGAAAUCGGGUCAGGAUUUGAGGAACCGGGCGGCACACCCCUACCGAGAAUUCCCAGGAGUACUCCUCCCCCCCCCGGGGCUCAGCAGAACACUUUGCUGGACUUCGUGCAACGUUACAAACAGUGCCAGAAGUACUGGGUCGUUCACUUGUCCGUAGAGCAAAGCAGAAUUCACCUCAACAGAACUGGAACUCUUCAAAUAUGUUUUUAAAAUCUUCUCACAUGGCUCUGUGACUUAACGGGAGGUAAUUCAGCCAGGUGACUUAAAGAAGUAAUAGAAAUUGUAUGUUCACACUGUUCAAAUGUUAUGUUUGGCCAGUCCUUUAUAUAAAAUUGCAUUCACAGCAGAAUAAACAACUAACAUCCUCCUAGUUAAAAACAAGCCACUCUUACAAAGGGCGGGUGGUAAAGCAGCUGAGAACACUUCAAUUACUCUAGAUUAUUGUGCUGAAUAUAACUAAUAUCCAGAUUCUAGAUUGUGUUUACACUAAUUUCAUAAGAGACGGAAACUUUUAAAAAAAUAAUGUUUUAUAAGCAGCGCUCGUUUUCCCAUCUAAGGUUAAUUACGAUCGAACUUCUCCCUGCCAAUGGAUUUCGGUAAAACAACUUGUAACACGGCUGAAUUAACACUCAUCUCUACAGGGUUUUCUGAGAUCUUAAACUCGUUGCCUUGAAACCAGAUUUAAAAGGCUCAAAUGUCAACUCUGAUAAAACUGAGUUUCGUUCUUAACUAAGAUAACAUUGAAAUAUCGGCUGUGACACAGUUCUUGUACAGAAGCGGAUCUAGGGGAAGGGUGCAAGGGGUGUGCACCCCCCUCCCCCCCCCGCACGAGAUGACCUGCGGCUUUCUAAUACAACCGCUAUUCUGCAAAAUAUGCAGAUAUGUAUGAUACGUAUUCUCAGCAGUUCACAUUAUGUUACUGCCUUUACCCUUCUUCUACACUGCGAGCAGUCCCUCUUCAGUCAGUCAAGUCUAAGCUCGGCAGGACUGGAGAGAGCGAAAUGGCCGAGAGGGAAACUGGAGAGAGGCGCCUCCUCCCCACCUUCCCCUAAUUCCUUCCCCUCGGCUUCUUGUUUUUUACUUUCGCUCGCUUCGCUCGAUUUCCUCGCUCGCGUGACCAUCCUGAGGGACUGCUCGCAGUCUACCCUUCUUCGUAUCAGCCUGAAUUUCAUCCGAUUACUUCGAGUCGUUAUUACUCCCUCAGUAACCUCGUUGCUGAGAGAAGAAAACGACUCGAAGCAAUCGGAUGAAAUUCAGGCUAUCUUCGUAUUCGCUUUUAAUAUUUUUUAGGUCACCUGUCAGUUACGCCAGUCCUUAGUGGUCCCGGGUUAGUGGUGCACCCCCUCCUACAAAAAAUCCUAGAACCGCUCCAUUUGCGGGGCUUGGAAUCUGUUGGACAGGUUUAGAAAGCCAAUACCUGUCUGCUGUAACUCCUUGUCCUUCUUAUGGCUUUAGCUGGGGCUGGAGUGUUAUCAUUCCAGGUAGCAGGCACAAGGUGUAUCCAUACUGUAAUCUUACAUCCCCUAGGGAUCACCUGAUCUUCUGCUGAUACACAUGUCAACAGCCUGCUUUCAGUUGCCGUGACGCGGUCAGUGCGCGUAGAUCAGAGGUCUAGGUCUGCAAACAAUUCCCGGUUCUCGUUCAUACUAUGUCGUCCAAUAUAAAACGCUCGCAUGAAUGGUGUUGUCUCCUGCCUCUUCGUUGGAGACUUCCACUAAUUAAGAGCUACCUCUCUACUUUGUAGUUUUCAGUGUGAUUCAAUUUACAUUCUGCAUAUAUAUCUGCGGUCUGAAGUUUGCAGUCUGCGCUCUGCUGUCUGUUGUUUACAGUCUGUGGUUUGCAGUCUGUGAUCUGCAGUCUUCGGUCUGGAGUCUGCAGUGUACAAGCAGCACCACACUACUAUAAGGGGUGGACCUUUUGGUAUCGAAGUUGUGCUAUCUAGGAUUUGGUAUCAAAAAGAAUUUCAUAGAUAUAUGUGAUAUUUUUUCCUAGGACAGUUAACUUCACCAGCAGACCAAAAAGCUCCUUAUAAAGGGCCACAUUUUGAAGGCAGAGGAGCAGUGGUGCAAGAAAUUGUUCAAAAACUUACUCAGGACCCAAAUCCUUCACGCGUCAGCAUCAUUGUUGGUAUUCCUGGGAUAGGUAAGACAGAGGUUGCAAUCCAUGUCACUCAUUUACUUCAAGAGAAACAUAAAAAGUCUGUUAUAUUCGUUCCAAAACAAAAAAACCUUACAGGCGUCUGCAGCGAAAUCCUCCGUCGAAUUAACCCUCUAGCUCGUAGACCCUCAGAGAGUCAAGAUAUUGUAAAGUUAGUACAAAACAGACUGCAAGGGCUUAACAUGAAGAAAAUUAUUGUGUUGGACGACACAGAAGACAUACAGUACCAAGGAAAACAGUUUGAAGAGUUUGUACGAUAUGUAGAACGAUACGCACCAGAAGUUCAGUUGGUCAUCACUACUCGAGAGGAUGUGGGUUUUCAAUCAAGGAACAUACACAAAGUGCGUCUAGAUCGUCUGGAUUCUGAGUCGUCUGCCAAAUUACUUCAGGACUCUGUUCCAAACUGUGAGGAACAGUAUAUCAAGGAGCUUGGUGAGCUCUGUGUUGGGAUACCGUUAGUUCUUGUCAACUGUGCAGGCUUACUAGAAGAAGACACGAUCAGCCCGGCAGAGUUGGUGGCACAGCUGAAAAAAAAUCCCAUACCACUUUUCGAGACCAACGCAGAAGAUGUUUACGAUGCUCUGAAACAGUUUCUGCUCAAUAUUUCAGAAAACAUAAAAGCAAACCUUGUUCGCCUUUCAGUUUUCCCAUCGGCAUUUUCCGUUAAAGACAUGAAGUCUGUCUUCGGUGACUCAUUGGAUCCUGAGACAGUUAAGACUACGGAGCCUGAGACAGUUAAGACUACGAUGAUACGUCGCUCUCUUCUACGCAAAAUUGACGAUGAAAUGUUAGUUUUGCAUCCUUUGGUCCGUGAGUUUCUCAAAGCUGAGAGAAAACUUCUGAACAUGGCUGAUAUAGGUAAAAAAGCACAACGCAAGUUUAAUCGACAUUACCUUAAGCUCCUCGAAGACUCAAGUAAAAACUUUAUCGACAAAGAGUCGUCGCAAAAAGCUAUUUUUACCUUUUGGAGGGAGAAAGAAAACAUCCUGGAAAUGUUCACAAAUUUCCUGCAGGAAAGAGGCGACAAGAAAGAGACCGAGUCUUGCAUAGAUGUCGCUACCUCCACCGUGGUUUUAGAUUUCCUGGCCAAAGUUUUAUCUCCGCCCCCUGAGUGUGAAAAACUGUAUGAAAGCUGCCGGCACAUUGCCGAAGCAACUAAUGACAUGAGAAGACUUGCGGAUAGUCUAACUGCUCUCGGAUUUCUUGGCCUCUAUAAAGAAGCUCACCGAGAGGUCAGCCAAGAUACUCUUAAGAAGUUUCAGCGGGCCUAUGAAAUUCGGCAGAAAUUGCCAAAGGAACAACAGCACUGUGAAACGCAUGCACACACCAUCUCCAAACUUGGGCUGUGUUACGCACUUCAGGUAAAACUACAAACAGAAUUAAGUUUUCGUGUGUAAGUGCUUUAAUUUUAUUCUUUCCAUUACAUAACGUAUAAGAGAAAGGGAAGUCUCUUUUAAUGCCAAUGGAACAAUGCCUCGAAAAGGUGUUUCUUUUUCUAUUAUCCAACGAAGGCUGCCUCGAAGGGUGUCUUUAAAGUCCCCGCAGCUAAAUUUAAAGGUACUUACUUUUUAAACCAACAUCAAAUCACGAAGCUGACCGAGCAUGUUGUAAUCACUGCUCAUCAGAAAACUCCCGAAGAUGAAAAUAUGCUUUGAUCAUGAUGACGUAGCAUAAACUGAUAAAGUAAAUGUCAGGUUAGAAAAAAAGGCCUAUUUCACGACUAAGCUUUGCUGAGCGAGCUCAUUUUUUAAAUUGAAAUAAUCCUGAAGACGGGUGUAUUCUCGUAGGAUUUUUGUUGCGAUUUUUUAAAGCGAUUCAGAUUCCACUUUGGAUGCGACGGGACAUUGCAAAUGUAAAUUUCCGGCAAUUUCUUGGCGAUUAUUUUUGACUCAGAGGUCAAACAAGGACUUCUCCUAUAGUUACCAAGCAUUAUAUAAGGCUAAACAACACUUCCGUUAUAGGUUGCGACACCAAAUAAACUGCGGGGCAAUUAGGCUUCUACUAUAUGUUAAGUAAAGUAAAGUAAAACUUUAAUUACACAGGGUUGCCCAUUCAGCUCUAAGACUGGUCUCCAUAGGGGCCCUUUAUCUUAAAAAUAUUAAUUUACAUUAAGAAUUAUCAUAAACUAUUGCAUUUAAAGAACCUAAUAAAAAUACAAUGAUAAACUUUAAGAACUACAUUAAAAAAGCCUAAAAAUACAAUACAAAAUCACAUUCAAAUCCUAAAAUGUAAUAAGAUAUCAAAGUUAUGAUAAAAAGAAAUGUCUUGCUUGGCAGCAGAACGUUUGAAUGUUUUCACUCUUCACGAUGUUUAAGAAAGUUUGUCAAAAAUUUUUGCGCCAGUGAAAAUAAAGGUCAUGAAAGGUCCUUGUCCCAAAAUUCUGUUUGAAGUUUGGUAGUGAUAGUGGUAGCCUCAUACUUUGCCUUGUGGAAUAAUUGUGAAUGUUCGAAAAUCUAGCAAAAUACAAUAAAAAAAACUAGGAACUAAUGAGUGAAGACAGAGAAAAAGGAGUUUAGCCAGUCUUAGACUUUGCUAGAAAUUUGGUUAGUUUAUUAUUCAAUUAUUAUUUUAUCAUAUCACGGUAUUAUUAAAGAUUGUUUAGUUUUUCAAGCAAAGAACAUUUUUAGCUAUUUUUCCUGCGUCCAAAAUGUUCGCAUCUCAAAACGAUUCUUUGUUUUGUCUAGGGCGAAGUAGAAAAAGGACGGGAGCUAAUCCAAGAAGGAAUUGAUAUGAGGAAGAAGCUUGGAGUGCUUGUUUAUGUAGCUGCUGGUUAUUGUGAUCUUGGAAGUGAGUAUCGUCUUUUUUCACUCUGACUUUUGACUCUGACUUCACGUUGCUAAUUUAGGUUUAGUUCAGAUAAUUAUUUUGGCCUCAAUGGCGGAUCCAGGGCAGGGGCCCGGAGGACUUGCCACCCACCUUAAUUUUAGACCAAACUGAGGCCCGACGGGCCCUUUAUGUAAGGUUCUGGAUGACCCCCCCCCCCCACUUAUCUUGAGGUCUGAAUCCUGCACUGUGACUUUUAACCCUUUAAACCCUAAGAGUGAUCGACAUCAAAUUUCUCCUGAUAAUGUCAAUGUCUUGUAAAACAGAGUGGUCAUGAGAAUUGUGGACAUGAUCACAUGAAGAUGAAUUUACUUGAUAUUUUAUCAAAUUCUCACCCCUACCUCUGUAGGAAAUGAAUAGGGGCAACAAAUAAGAAAUCAAAUUUUGAUCUUAGGGUUUAAAGGGUUUAGGAGGCUAUGCCACGAGGAACUUGCUCUUUAAGGUCAAUUCUGCGCUUACGUCACUACUUAGCAAAGCCUUUACCCCAUACACAGAAUGCUUCUGUAGAGUUAUGAACAAGAUAUCAAUUUGAUAUUAUAGUUCGUGCUCCCUGAUGAAAUUUGUUUGAAACAAAUUUUAUCAGGGAGCACGAACUGUAAUAUGCAUAUUUCUAAUUUAGGUGAUUAUUACAGGCCUUUUCAAUUUUCAAUUCAUGUUCAUCCUUGUCAUCCGUUUCAUGCGACAAAAUAAAACCGGACCAUUAUUAUUGGAACUCAACUACGGCGAAAAUUUUUUAACGCUUUUUAAAAAUAUAAAAAAAAAAUAAAAAGGCAUAGCCCCAUUAACGGCCAUGUUACUAUGUGCUUCAAAAAUGUGAUUAAUCUGUAUCCAUGUGAAACCCCCCUCUACGGAAACCUGUAUAUAUCGGACAGUUUCGUUUGUUUCGACGAAAAGGUUAUAUAUUUUCAUUAAACCCGCUUAAUACGGACGGACAUCGGACGCACUCAACUCCGACAGCACACUUCCAUAUAUCGUCAACCCCGCUUUACGGACACUGUUUAUCUGAGCGCUGCCUAGGACUGAAUAUCUUACCAGUGAAAAGCCAACAGAAAGGCCAAAUGACCUUUCAAAGGUUCUGUCUAACAUUAAGUCCAGCUGGCUGGGUCGCAGACAAAAACCAUCCAAGUACAAAUUAACGUCACGGAUUCUAUUGUCGUGUUUUAAGAACACUGACUCAAGGGAUAACAUAAGUUCGGUUGGUUUCUUUAGGAUGAACUUGUAACAGUUACGGUUGAGAAAUAAAACAACGUUUUCUAGUGAAAAAACCUGCUUUGACGUGUUUUCGGAGAGCCCGCUUAACCCUUUAAACCCUAAUAUCAAAAUUCAAAUUCUCUUUUGUUAUCCCUAUACGUUUUCAAUAGAAGUAGUGGGGAGAAUUUGUUAAAGUAUCAAUUAGAUUCACCUUGUGUGAUCACGUCCUCGAUUCUCAUGACCUCUGUGUCUUAUAAAGCAGUGAUAUUACGAGGAGAAAUUUGAUGCUGAUCACUCUUAGGGCUUAAAGGGUUAAUACGGACACCCGAUUCUAUGGCAUGUCCCUCGAUGUGGACUUCUAGAUCUGGUCAUUAACCCUUGAAAUGCUUAUGUCAUCAAAUACAUUUUCUGAGUUAUAGCUGAUUUAUCUCGCGUGGUUAACUUUUCAGUUCUCGUGUGACCAGUUUGCUUUAUAAAGGCCUGAUACUACAAGGACAAAUUUGACGUUAACCACAAACCGUUAAUGGCUACAGUAGGAGUUCAGAUUAGAAAGUUUACUAAAGUGGAAGCGUUUCGAACGCAAUUUUAUCACCGGCUAAUAUGCGUUUCGACACCUUAAACUGGCCCUUCUAUUUCCUUCCUUUAGACACUUACAGAGCGCACGGGGACCAUAGACAAGCAAUUCACAUCUGGAAAACAGAAACUUUACCAUUGUAUAAAGAUGAGCUUGGUGACCACCCUUGGACAGCCUCGAUCCUGCGAUACAUAGCCAGUUCGUACAGGUGUCUUGCGAAAUCUGAAUCUGCAGAUUCCGGAAUAGCUGAUGUAGCUGAAAUGUACAGCAGAGAGGCUCUGCAAUUGCGAAUCAAGUUGCUGAGAGAACAUCAGGAUACCGCACGGUCCCAUGUUGACCUUAGCUAUGUCUUGAUUAUUAAAAAAGAUUUCAAGUCAGCUUUGAAGCAGCUUCAAAAGGCUAUUGAAAUCCAGAAGGACGUUCUGGGUGAAGAACACGAGACCACGAAGAAAACACUAAUGCAGUUGAAGGAAAUACAAUCUAAGGUAGAAUAGGAGAUACUUAUUGUAAUUAGAGAAAAGGUCCCAGG